AUGCGUUUCCACCCCUUCGUUCUUCUUGCGUCUGCAGCAGUUCUGACUGGCGUCACUGUUUCCGUGGGAGUGUCCGGCACCUCGAAGGGGGAGGGCAACUCUGCGGCCAGUGUUCCACCCUUCUUUCCUGACUCUGACGACGAUUCUCGCAACGUGCCACUGAUAGGACAGAACGCCGCAAAGGAUGAGGCGAGGACUUAUCCAGGACCUUCACGGGUCAUCCCAGAAUUGCUAAAGGUGGUUCAAAAAGAAAAACCUCUGGAGUCCAAGCUAUUUGAAAUCAGUGGCAAGCAACAGAUCGCUCCGGGCGUGCUGAAUCGAAUGGGGGACAGUCAAAAUGCUGCCGGGAUGAGCGCGGACAGGGCACAAGCCGCUCGGGGCGUAUGGAACGGGAUGAUAGCGGAGAGUAAGACACAAUUGGAAGCAUCACAUUGGCUAGCAGAAGUACGACCUGAGCUACGAGUGCUAAAGUCAGAUACGCCAGAGGUGCGCGCUUACGUGAACUAUAUCGCAAGUCGGGCCAACCAAAUUCCUAACGUCAAUUCUCCCAUUACCAAAGAUAAUAUCGUGAAAUGGAUACAGAAGCAACCUGAAGCUAAAGAACUUCACACGGUGCUGAUAAAAAACAAUUUUAUCUGGCGCCUGGAUUUCAAAAAGAUGGAGGCCUUGAAGGAUUUUUUUGAUGGAGAUGAGACGAAGACGAUCCGGACGCUUUUAAAAUCCUGCAAAAGCGCGACUAAAUUCACAGACUUUUUGUCGAUCGCAAAGCUAUCUCCGGCCAUCAGGAACGAUGCGGUGUCGUUCCAGCAAAUGCUGCUACGUUACUGGAGUACAAGCCAAAACGAACAAAUCUCUUAUGUGAUUGAACUUCUCCAAAUUAAGACGAGAGGCUUGACGUACGAAACCAUGGAUACUUUGGUCGAGUUCGUUGCUCUAAAAGAGGAGAUAAAAGGUGACCAGCUAUUUGCACUGAAAAGAACGCUGUGGCAUCUUGACACCUAUUUUGGUGUCGAUAACUAUUUUGAGUCGAACAUCGCAAAGGGGAAGGAUACGAACGGGCAGGCCAAUGCUCAUCCUGGCACGUCACAUCAAGAUGGCAGGUCUGGAGUCCCCAGCAUCGCAUCGGAGGAGCACAACGAGCCAUCCAUACUUUUGAGGACAGAGUCGGUCGUGAAACGGAAGGCAGAAAAUCUGGACUCGGGUCGCGUGCGCAAGAAGCCGUCGCCUUUGACGAACGACGUACCCGAGGAUGAUCCAGGGUUGUCGUUGGUUCUUUCGCUGAGGCCCCCGGGGACUUAG